AUGUGGGAGGAGGCUCUGGAGUACUGUAAGGAGAACGAUACUGACCUGGUCAGCCUGCUCUCUGAGACUAAGCUGGAUCUGGCCUGUGAGGACAGCCAGGAGGCCCAGAAGGACUACUUGUAUAUGGAGCUGACUACCACGCACACAGAGCUGACUACCACGCACCCAGAGCUGAUUACCACACACCCAGAGCUGAUUACCACACACCCAGAGCUGACUACCACACACACAGAGCUGACUACCACGCACCCAGAGCUGAUUACCACACACCCAGAGCUGAUUACCACACACCCAGAGCUGACUACCACACACCCAGAGCUGAUUACCACACACCCAGAGCUGACUACCACGCACCCAGAGCUGAUUACCGCGCACCCAGAGCUGAUUACCACACACCCAGAGCUGACUACCACGCACCCAGAGCUGAUUACCACGCACCCAGAGCUGAUUACCACACACCCAGAGCUGACUACCACACACCCAGAGCUGAUUACCACGCACCCAGAGCUGAGUACCACGCACCCAGAGCUGAUUACCACGCACCCAGAGCUGAUUACCACGCACCCAGAGCUGAUUACCACGCACCCAGAGCUGAUUACCACGCACCCAGAGCUGACUACCACGCACCCAGAGCUGACUACCACGCACCCAGAGCUGAUUACCACGUACCCAGAGCUGACUACCACGCACCCAGAGCUGAUUACCACGCACCCAGAGCUGACUACCACGCACCCAGAGCUGACUACCACGCACCCAGAGCUGACUACCACGCACCCAGAGCUGACUACCACGCACCCAGAGCUGAUUACCACGCACCCAGAGCUGACUACCACGUACCCAGAGCUGAUUACCACGCACCCAGAGCUGACUACCACGCACCCAGAGCUGAUUACCACGCACCCAGAGCUGAGUACCACGCACCCAGAGCUGAUUACCACGCACCCAGAGCUGAUUACCACGCACCCAGAGCUGACUACCACACACCCAGAGCUGAAACAGGAAAAAGUCUCUGCACACUUCCAGUCAGAUGCAAAUGUAUUUUGGUCAGUCGACAUUCAUCAGAGCAUGUCUUCACAUGCCAGUAUUGUGCAGUAA